AUGUUGAAGGAAGGAAUAGGGUUCAAGGACUACCUACAUGGACCAAUGGAUGCAGGAACAAAGCUUAAGGUCAAAUUCAGGACCGGGGACAUAGGCCUUCGAGAACGUCGACGAAGACAUAGGACGGUAGACGAGGAAGACGACGAGUUCAAAUGUGAUUGCGGCUUCGAAUGCGAAGACCGUGUUCAUGUAGUCGCGGAACGUCCGUGGUACAAGAAGGAGAGGGAAGUAUACGUGACUGAGCUGGAAAAAAUAGAUGGAACGUACAGGGAGAUGUUUGAGGCAUGGAAUAGAGAAGAAAGGACGGUAGCUGUACUGGGGCAUAGGAGGUGGGUUGAAAAGGCGGGAAGGGGUAUCGUUAGGAUAGACAGACUAGGGAAGACAUUUUUGAGCCACCUUUGGCAAAGUAGAAAGGAACGAUUGGCCUUCGGUGAUCGGUCCUGUGGGAACAAUGCUCCGUCCUCUCGAGGACGCGUGGUCAAUGGUCUAACCGCUAAGGCAUGCAAAACAUAAAGAGUACGCCCCCUCCCCCCCCCCUUUGUCCCCACGUUUUCUUGGUAAAGACUUUGUUGUACCAAGACUUUGUUGUACCAUCCGACAAUGUCUUCUCUUUGUGUGUUAAGUUUUUUCUUGUAAACGGUUGUGUUUUUGCGUAUGGGCUGCGGCAGCCAUGCUUGUCAUGCCCUCUCCCCCUCGGUCCCCUUGUGCCCAAGUUUUAUUGUAAAGAUGAGGUUUGCACCGUCAGACAUGCCUUAUCUUUGGGUGUUUUUUUUUCUUGUAAACGGUUGUGAUUUUUUUUGCGUGUGGGCUGCGGCAGUAAUGCUUGUCAUGCCCCCCCCCCCUUCCGCACGUUAUUAGUAAAGACGUUGUUGCACCCUGUUCCCCCGACCCUGUUAUGCCGGUUGUGUCGCUUGCGUGUGUGUGACCAGCAUCGGUGCCCUAUGUGCUGCAACGUACCGCUGAAUCCUUCGGGGUGCCCCUUCUGUGCCCCCUUGCUGAUUGAAAUUUCGUGUCACCGUUACACUGGUGGAAAAUGAUUGUGGUGGACACAAAUAUGCAUGCAUAACAAGAAAACCACCACACGUGGGACGGUGGGGGGUCUGCAGCAAAAAGUAUUACUGCCGUAGUCCGUACGCGAAAAAAAGGGCACGCACGCUACGAGAAAAUGUUCACCCGAGCACCACACAAGUCACACGGUAAAACCAAAAAAAGCACGUGGCUACGAGAAAAUGUUCACCCGAGCACCACACAAGUCACACGGUAAAACCAAAAAAAGCACGUGGUGGGUGCAGGGAACGGGGAAGGGGGGGCGGUGGGAAUGAAAACAAAACCCAUUGCUGCCAUACCAUGUACCCAAAAAAAAAGGUCACACACGCUACCAGAAAAUGUUCACCCAAGCACCACACAAGUCACACGGUACAACCAAAAAACACGUGGUGGGUACAGGGGACGGGAAAGGGGGGGUGGAGUGAGAAUGAAAAUAAAAUCCAUUGCUGCCGUACUAUGUACCCAAAAAAACAGUCACGCACGCUGCAAGAAGAAGGCUGCACAGGUCCGACGGUGCUGCAGCGGUUUGUGUAAGACAAGGUGGGGCGCAACAUUGACACUAUGCAAAGCUCUACAGUACACCGGAGUCGAACACCUAGAAAGCCAGACAAUGUCCU